CUAUCCAAUUUAUGGUAGCGCGCCUGAUCUGUUUUUUCACCCGUCGUGUCUGCACCGGAGGAAAAUGAAGAAGUUUAACAUUAGGAAGGUGUUGGAUGGCUUGACAGCGUCUUCCUCCUCUGCAAAUGCCCAGCCGGGUACUCCCAGAGAAAACGAUGUUGUCCCGGAGACUCUCCAGUCGGAACAUUUUCAGCUUUGCAAGACUGUACGUCAUGGCUUCCCAUAUCAACCAUCCUCAAUGGCUUUUGACCCCGUGCAGAAAAUCUUGGCUGUGGGGACUCAGAGUGGAGCUUUGAGGCUCUUUGGCCGUGCGGGCGUGGAGUGCUACUGUCAGCAUGAGAGCGGAGCUGCUGUCAUCCAGCUCCAGUUCCUGAUCAACGAGGGGGCGCUGGUGAGUGCCUUAGCUGAUGACAGCAUCCACCUGUGGAACCUGCGGCAAAAAAUCCCUGCUAUCCUGCAUUCUCUCAAGUUCAACAGGGAGAGAAUCACAUACUGCCACCUGCCCUUCCAGAGCAAAUGGCUUUACAUCGGCACAGAAAGAGGAAACAUCCACAUCGUCAACGUGGAGUCCUUCACUCUCUCAGGCUACGUCAUCAUGUGGAACAAAGCCAUCGAACUAUCCACCAAGACACACCCAGGGCCUGUUGUGCACAUCAGUGAUAACCCCAUGGAUGAAGGAAAGCUUCUGAUUGGAUUUGAGUGUGGGGUGGUGGUGCUGUGGGAUUUGAAGUGCAAAAAAGCAGACUACCGCUACAAUUACGAUGAGGCGAUCCACUCAGUUGCCUGGCACCAUGAGGGUAAACAGUUUGUUUGCAGCCACUCUGAUGGCACUCUGACCACAUGGAAUGUACGAGCCCCGGCCAAGCCUGCACAGAUCAUCACACCACAUGGAAAGCAGCCUAAGGAUGGAAAAAAGCCAGAACCAUGCAAGCCUAUCCUGAAGGUGGAAUACAAAACAACAAGGGCUGGGGACCCAUUCAUGGUCCUAUCCGGAGGUCUGUCUUACGAUACAUUGGGGAGGAGAGCCUGUCUGACUGUGAUGCAUGGAAAGAGCACUACCGUCCUGGAGAUGGACUACCCCAUUGUAGAUUUCCUAACGCUGUGUGAAACUCCUUAUCCAAAUGACUUUCAAGAGCCUUAUGCUGUGGUGGUCCUUCUCGAGAGGGAUUUAGUUUUAAUAGACCUCGGACAGAUUGGGUACCCGAUAUUUGAGAAUCCGUACCCUCUGACUAUCCACGAGUCACCAGUGACCUGCUGUGAGUACUUUGCCGACUGCCCUCCAGAACUUAUUCCUGCACUUUACUCCAUUGGCAGCCGGCAAAAGAGACAAGUUUACAGCAAGAAGGAGUGGCCCAUCAGUGGGGGGAACUGGGGCCAAGGCACACAGAGUUACCCAGAGAUCAUAAUCACUGGACAUGCUGAUGGGUCGAUCAAAUUUUGGGAUGCCUCUGCAUUAAUGCUUCAAGUGCUGUACAAGCUAAAGACUGCCAAGGUGUUUGAGAGGGCUCGGGGUAAGGAGGAGAAGCCAAAUACAGAAAUAGUGGAGGAGGACCCGUUUGCGAUCCAGACUUUGUCCUGGUGCCCAGAGAGCAGGAUGCUCUGUGUGGCUGGGGUGUCGGCCCACGUUAUCAUCUAUAGAUUCAGCAAACAGGAAGUCACCACUGAAGAUGUCCAACUUUUGGAGGUGCGGAUGCAGUGUGAGUUUAGCUACGUGGACUCCCCCGACCCAGGAGGGGAGCAGACCCCCAACCUGCCAACGCCAGGAGCUUCCUCCAGCCCUCAGGAGACGGAGCCUCCCACUCAUCCAUCCACAGGCAGCAAUUCCACUGAUGGACCACGAGACAACAUACCAUGCCUCCAGGUGCGGAGCUCCCCGCUGAAGCAGUCUCCAGGCUACCAGGUGGAGCUGGUGAUCCAGCUGGUGUGGGUUAGCGGGGAGCCACCUCAGCCAAUCACCAGCUUGGCUAUAAACUCAUCAUACGGCCUUGUGGUGUUUGGGAACAGUAAUGGCCUCGCUGUGGUGGACUACCUCCAGAAGACUCUGCUUCUCAACAUGGGCACAUCGGAGCUGUACAGCCCAUCUGACCCGUACCAGAGGCAGCCUCACUCCCCACGCAAAGCACGACAGCCCUCUGGAGCACUCUGUGAUACCAACGAUGGGUCCAACACCUCAGAGGACCGCUGCAAAUCACCUACUUCAGGAUCUACCUCACCCUGCAAUUCUGAUGAUGAACGUAAACAGAAGUUCAUACAAAAGGUGAAGUUCAAAAGCAGGCGCUUUUCCAAGACGGUUGCCAAUGACUUUGCCAAGAUGUCACGGAAAAUUAGUUCAUCUAGUGAGCAAAAGCCAGACCAGGAUGCCAAGGAUAACUCAUUCAGCCGCUCACGUAGUUCAAGUGUAACCAGCAUAGACAGAGAAUCUCGAGAGGCCAUCUCCUCCUUCUACUUCUGUGAGAGCUUCCCCAGGAAGACGGACAGCCUGGUCAGCCCCUGUGUGUUGGUGGGUACCACGCAGGGCUCUGUGAUGAUGGUGGCCCUCAGCCUGCCGCCCGGUGGGGACCAAAGACUGCAGCAACCCGUCGGGAUCUCCUCCUGCGGCACCCUUGCCAGACUCAAAGGAGGCAUUUUGACGAUGGCCCUCCUGGACUCCACUGGAGCUCUGCUGCCCCCAUCCUAUGAGUCGUGGUAUGACCCAAAUGCCUCAGAUGAAGAGAAGGAGAAGAGCAGGAGGCGCAGGCCAGCCUCCCCUCCCUCAUCACAAGAGGGCCAGGACUCCCAGUUCGCCGUGCUGUGUUCAGAGAAACAGGCCAAGGUGGUGGCCCUGCCCUCCCAAACCCGCAUCUACAAACACAACAUCACAGAGACCUCCUUCCUGUUGAGGGCUGAUGUCGUGCAGAUGGCCGGAACUAACUGCAUCGCCUGUUUCUGUGCUAAUGGACACAUCAUGACUCUGAGUUUGCCCAGUCUACGGCCUCUGCUAGAUGUGAACUACCUACCACUUACAGACAUGCGGAUAGCCCGGACGUUCUGCUUCUCUAACCUGGGUCAGGCCUUGUACCUCACCUCCCCCACCGAGAUCCAGAGGAUCUCGUACAGCCAGGAAACCUGCGACAACCUGCAGGAGAUGCUCAGUGAGUUAUUUACCCCCGUGGAGACACCAGAGGCUCCUAACAGAGGCUUCUUCAAAGGCCUUUUUGGUGGAGGGGCUCAGUCUCUGGAUCGUGAGGACCUCUUCGGUGAAACAGCUUCUGGUAAGGCUUCCCGAAGCCUGGCCCAGCACAUCCCUGGCACCGGCAACAUGGAGGGCAUGAAGGGUGCAGCUUCGGGGGUUGUUGGAGAUCUGGCCCGUGCCCGGAUAGCUUUGGAUGAGAGAGGGCAGAAACUGGGAGAGCUGGAGGAGAGAACAGCUGCCAUGAUGUCCAGCGCAGAUUCCUUCUCCAAACAUGCUCAUGAUAUGAUGCUGAAGUACAAAGACAAGAAGUGGUACCAGCUCUGAUGGCAGCGUGUGGAGCAUCGGACUCUAAAUACACACACACCAGUAUCUCUGAGGAGCUGCAGGUCCCUCUUCUUCUCUGUUUCUCUCCAUGGGGGUUCUGCUCAACAGACUCAUGCUUUUAUUCUCAGCACAAUAUCACAUACUCUGCAUUACCUCAGUCACCAGAGGACUGCCGCAGAGUAGACACUGGCCAACCCGACGUAACGAAAAUGGAAAGAAAUGGAAGAAGAGAAGCUCCUAGGAAUCUCUCUUUCCAUUUCACCCGAGAGCGAUGAUAUUCAUUUAACAUCAUUUCGCAGGAAAGGAGAGACGGGACCUUACAUAUCCAUCAGUCAUGCAGUCAUUUAUAAAUAUAUAUAUGUAUAUAUACGUAUAUAUACAUAUAUAUGUAUACAUACACACCCUGCUAUUUAGUUGUGAAAGAGGAAAGACAAUGCUGCAAAACAUGUACUUGUGGUGGCCUGAUUGCAAUUGUUAUUUUCCUUUCUCUGCCCUUUAUGCCAAACGCAGUGGACUUAAAUGAGGAGAAAAGUCUGAAGACCUCCCUGUCCUUCAAAUCUAAUCAAGUCAAUGAUGAUGUACGUUUCUAUAGGAAUGAUUGAAUCAAUGAAGGACUCGUGUUUGUUUGUUUUUCUGGUCUAAAUUAUUUUGAGAGUUUGAUUGCUAUGCUUUUGUCAGUCUGUUUUUGUCAUUUUGUGUCCAGAAAGGGCCUUUCAAGCACUUAGAACAGUAGAAAUAUGGACAGUGAAAUGAUGAAUCUAUUGCCUCUCAUCGAAUAAGGGCUGGUAGUACACUAGUUCAUCACCAAGCAUUUCUUUUACAGCAUUUUCCCGCUGAGUUUUUUUUUUAGGUGAGGCAAACUAAUUAUGUGUUUUCUGAAAGUCACUUUGGUUUUUAUUUUAAAUUAGAUUAUUUAUUGGAACAGAAUAAUAGAUAAAAAGUAAAAGAAGUUUCUAUGUUGGGCAUUAAUUUUUUUUUUUUCCUUUGUCAAUUAAAUGCACAAAAAGUGCUGAAAAUGUUUACCCCCCAAUGAAGAGUUUACAUUGAUCUAUGAGAAAGAUAAAAAGUUGAUACACUGGAAAAACCCCUGAAGGUCUUAUAUACUUCUAGCUUUCAUGGGGCUGUAGCGAAGUCACGUACGUGAAAGAUGUUGAAGGUGUUGAAGGGCAAGACAAAGAUUGUCCUUAGUAUAAUUAGAUUGCAUAAAUGUAUAUUUUGGUUACAAUUCUGAGUUUUUUGUGAUAAAGAUUCUAUCUAUA